GUUACGACAGUGUUAGCUGAUUCAUCACCGACAACCGCGAAGUAUCCGAUAACGAUUCGAUAUUGUAAUCAACGGUUUCAAGGAAAACAUUCCACCCCCACCCCGUUUUACCCGAAGAAAACAUCGUAAUCAAGGUGGCACCGGCGGAAAAAUUAGGCUCUAGUAGCCACCAAACCGCGAAGAUGCUUGUUCCGCCGGAUAUGUUGGCCGCUCAAUCCAAAAUGGUUUAUCAACUCAACAAAUAUUACACGGAAAAAGUACAAGCGAGAAAAUUGCAAACUUCGAAAACGAUACAGGAGGUGUGCAGAGUAGUUCAAGACGUAUUAAAAGAAGUCGAAGUACAAGAACCAAGAUUCAUAUCUUCUCUCACCGAUUACAAUGGCCGAUUCGAUGGAUUAGAAGUUAUAUCACCAUGUGAAUUUGAAGUGGUGAUUUAUUUGAAUCAAAUGGGAGUGUUGAAUUUUGUCGACGACGGUACUUUGCCGGGGUGUGCUGUGUUGAAGUUAAGCGACGGAAGAAAAAGAUCAAUGUCUUUAUGGGUAGAAUUUAUUACAGCGUCUGGGUACUUGUCGGCGAGAAAAAUGAGAUCGCGAUUUCAAACUCUUGUAGCACAAGCUUGUGAUAAAUGUUCGUACAGAGAUAGUGUGAAAAUGAUAGCAGAUACUACAGAAGUGAAAUUGAGAAUCCGUGAAAGAUAUAUAGUGCAGAUAACUCCAGCUUUUAAAUGUGCCGGUUUGUGGCCCAGAAGUGCAGCGCACUGGCCUCUGCCUCAAAUCCCUUGGCCGCAUCCUAAUAUAGUGGUGGAAGUGAAAACAGAGGGUUUUGAUCUACUUUCGAAAGAAUGUAUCGCUUUGCAAGGUAAACAAUCCGCUAUGGAAGGAGAUGCAUGGGUAUUGUCAUUCAUAGAGGCUGAAAAUCGUCUAUUACAAGGUGGUUGCAGACGAAGGUGCUUAAGUAUAUUGAAAACACUUCGAGAUCGACAUUUAGAUUUACCAGGUAAUCCUGUAACUGGAUACCAUAUGAAAACAUUGUUACUUUACGAAUGUGAGAAACAUCCGCGGGAGUCUGAGUGGGAUGAAUCUUGUAUCGCCGAUAGAAUCAACGGUAUCUUCUUACAGCUCAUUUCGUGUUUACAGUGUAAACGGUGCCCACAUUAUUUUUUACCCAAUUUAGAUUUGUUUAAAGGUAAAUCACCUAGUGCUUUAGAAAAUGCGUCUAAGCAAGUUUGGAGACUAACAAGGGAAAUGUUAACUAACUCUAGAUGUUUUGAAAAAUUAUAGUUGUUAAGAACACUGUAAGUAUUCUAUCUCAACCUCAAAUUUAUUAAAUUAUUUUUAUAAUUAUCAAAUUUAUCAUCACGUAUCAAAUACUUAUGAUUGGGUAUUUGAUAUUUUUUCUGAAUAAAGCAUUCAUGUGAAUUCGAUUAUUAUGUUUAUAUAUGGUCGGAAACAUUGACAUAAAAAAAUUUAAUAAAUUAAAGUUGAGAUCAUCAUUGUUUUUAUUUUCAACUAAUCAAUUGUUUGGUUAGCUUUUGUUUUUUUUAUUAAAUUAUAAUAAAUAUCGGAAACUAUGAAUUUUCGAUAUGCUAGACUGUGAUUUUUAUACAUGUAGUAAUUUUAAGUAGUAUAUAGUAUAUUUAUUUGAUAAAAUAUUGUAAAAGUUUGUAUUAUAAAAUUGGGGUUUGCUCUAACACGUUGUUUUUUGUAGUAAAAACGUUGAGCACAAUGUGGUAUUUUUAUAAAAAAUAAAAAUAUUUACAACAA